CUCUAUCUAUUGUAUACAGUCAAAUGUCCCCACAAUGUUGACAAUCAUUUUGACAAUUGACGACGAAUUUGACGAUUAACAGCGAUUAAGCAGCUUUCUCUUUUUUUUUUUAAAGCGUCUCCAUUGUUCUGAAUCUUCUCUGAGGGAAUUAGAUUAUAUGACGCGGCUAUUCGUUGGAUCUAAAAAUCGAAAAUCUUUUUGUUAAAACAAAUUGUAAUUUAUAGUUUUAUAUUUUGUAACGUAAACUUUGAUUAAUUUUGAUCGGGAGAUUGCAACAUCGCUAAGAAUGGCAGGAUGUAUCGGCUGAAAAAGUAUCAUUAUUGAAAUAUCCGUGAAGGUUGGACCAAUGCGACAACUAUGACGCGGACCAACAGGAAGAGACGGCGCAACAUAGAGGAAGAAUCUAGUGAAUUUAUGCCAUUGAGCAAACGAAUCAACAAUCUUCAUAUCAAUGGUUUGUCUGGUCUACGAGAGAACGCGAUGGAGAGUACGAUGGAGAGUAUGGAGACUGAUUGGGAAAGUGGAAAUUUCAUGUUGUCUCCUAGCUGCUCGGAGGUGUCUCAAAAUUCAUCACCUGGAGGUAGUUGUGGUUCCAACCAAAGCAAUUUUACCAGUGAUUACAGACCAGAUUUAGAUGCAACGGAGAAUCCAUUUUAUUACGAGAGCAACAAAUUGCUCUUUUCCUUGUACAUGGAACGUAUGCAGAGGCGACCGGAUCUGUAUUAACGCAGAUAAACGUACCGUUCCGUUCCGUUCUGCUCCGCUCCGCUUCGCUUUAUUCCACCUACCAAGUAUCCUCACGAGACUUAAUCAGAUCUCGCGUUGAUCUUUUUCUCGUACGUGAUUUGGUAAUUUUUAAUUUUCCUUUCCUAUUCUCCGGUCGAUCACUCAGAUAAUAUUUAAAAUGUAACCACAUCAUGGCAAUAAGAUCAAUAUAUAAAGUUUGUAUGAAGCAGCAUCGAUAUAUAUGUAAGAUUCAAUAAUUGUACAAUCGUUAGAACUGUAAGAAUCUUUAAUUAGUGCAUAAAAUUCUAUAUAAAUGAGAGUAUAUGAAUAAUUGACACGUAAAGUUAUAACAUU